AUGGCCGGAAGAAAAAUGAAACAAAAGGAUAAGCAUAAAGAACAGCACAUUCUGAGCCCCCAAUUACCCAGGAUCCUCCCUGCAACCUUGAGCCAAUAUCCUGUUCCACAUGAGUCUGCAUCUUCUUCUUUUCCCAAACUUGAGCCUGCAUCUAUUACACCUUAUCCUGGUUUGUCCCCCAUUCCUGUAAAUAAUAAAUUUAAUCCUUUAGGAUCCACCCUGAGCCAAAUAAGACCUAACUACCAGUCUGCACUUACAUCCAGCUAUGAUCCUUAUCCUUUGCCCCCAAAUGCAAGCCCUCUAUCUUCUUCUACAUUUAGACCUAAGUCUUCUCCUUAUGUAUCUAAAUGUACUACUAAUUUAUUUGUUCUUGAACCCCAUAUCACUGCAUCUAUGAGUCCUGCUGCAAUAGCUUUAAAUCAUUUUCCUCCUGGUUUCCAUUUCCUUCCCCAUAGUCCUUAUAAGUCCUUAAAAUAUUACAGAGAAAUUCUUCAUGAAACAAAAUCUGUCGAUAUUAAGCCUAUACGAGAUAAAGUUGAUCCCCAGAAAAUAAUCUACCACUCCUUGUACAUUUAUCAAGUCCUGAGUCAAAAGAGUUGGGGUCCUCACCCCUAUGCAUUAAGAUCCCUUCCUUCCAAGCUCCAAUAUAAUUAUGCAGAUUAUGUUGAGUCCUUCUAUUAUAUUUUCCUUCAUCAAACCCCUGAAUUUUCACAUUCCUGGUUUAUAAAUUUUGAUAAUAAAUUUAAAUAUGAUCAGCUUCCCUACUGGUUUCUUCACUGGUGGGAUACUCAUGGUCCUGUCUCUGAAAUUAUCCCCUCUGCAGUCACUGAGCUUAUUACUACAUUCUCUGCUCGAGUUAAGCUUCUUGAGCGUGAUCUAUUUUUUCCUAUACCCUUGUUAUUCUUUACCCGUUACAAGGUUCCCUGGAUUAUGAAAUGGAAUUAUCAUACAGAUUGGGAGAAGAGAUUCUUUUCCCGACAUUUUUUUGUUAAAUGGUGGGAUCGUUUUGAAGUCCACCGUAUAUCUGAAUAUUUCUACAGAGAUUUCCCGGCACUACCUCCUAAGCCUGAGCCUAAGCCUAAGCCUUCUUCUUCUCAGUCUUCCCAAAUUUCUACUGAAGGAAAAUCUAGAGUUGAAUUACGUGAUCUGGCUAAGCAGUUGCUUCUGCAGGCUGAAGAAAUGCAAGAUGAUGAUGAAGACAAUGAAUCUGAGUCCUCCUCCAGCUGCCAGCCUCGGCCUCAUAGCCCCAGUCCUGAUCGCCCAAUGAGAUGGUCUGACUAUCCCCAUGGUCAAGACCCUAAUGAAGCCUAUUCUGCCUAUGAUCUGAAUUCAGACUGA